CUCUAUUCACAUGGCAAUUUCGAAUUGUGCUUCUUCUCGAAGCUCGUAUGUCAAUCCAAUCUCACGGGUGCAUCUUUAUAUGCUUCGGUCUUCGUGACAAAUCCUGCCGAUAGGUUGGUAGUCUGUACAAGGCCACAUAGACGACUCUUGACCUCGGUCGUCAUGCAUCCAACCAUAGCACAAUCAAAGGCAUUGAACGGGAAUCUCCAUGGCAGGAUCGAAUGGCCCUGCUUAUCAGGAGCAAAGAGUAAAGUGGAUACAGAAUUGGCAGCGACUCUUCUCAAAAGCUCGGACAAUUUGAUUGCAUCAUCGCCGACAGCUUUCGUCUUCCGCCGGCCUCGCAAAGAGUCAAGUUGAGCCGUUUAUCCCAUCAAUUGCCUUUCCUUCCUCUUUCCUCCCUCCUCAUCCCAUACCAUAAUCUUUAGUCAUCAUGUUUGCCAGAUCAGUAUUCCGUCCCGCAAGGACAGCGGCCAGCCAUGUCCGCCGCUAUGCCUCUGAGGCCGCCGCAAAGUCCAGCUCCAACACCCUUCUCUUCACUGGUGCCGCUGCUGGCGCUGGUAUUGGUGGUUACAUGUACUCACAGCGUGCUUCCGCCGAGGGCCAGCACGGCAACACCAACGAGAGCGGUGCUUUCGGCCAACCCGCCUCCAAGACUGAGGAGGCCAACAUCCCCGGCAAGGCCGCAGACGCCUCCAAGUGUUUCACUGGUGGUGACCAGGGUUUCGUCAGCUUGGUCUUGAUGGAGAGCGAGAACAUCAACCACAACACAAAGAAGCUGCGUUUCCACCUUCCCGAGGAGAACAGCGUUUCCGGUCUUACCAUUGCCUCUGCUCUGAUCACCAAGUACAAGGGUCCCGAGAUGGAGAAGCCUGUCAUUCGUCCCUACACUCCCGUCAGUGACGAGAACACCGUCGGCUACCUCGACUUCAUCGUCAAGAAGUACCCCGGUGGCCCCAUGUCCGAGCACCUUCACAACAUGCAGCCCGGACAGCGACUUGACAUGAAGGGUCCCAUCCCCAAGUACCCCUGGGAGGAGAACAAGCACGACCACAUCGCCCUCAUUGCCGGAGGUACCGGUAUCACCCCCAUGUACCAGCUCGCCCGCGCCAUCUUCAACAACCCCAACGACAAGACAAAGGUCACCCUCGUUUUCGGCAACGUCUCCGAGGAGGAUGUUCUCCUCAAGCGUGAGUGGGAAGACCUCGAGAACAAGUACCCCAACCGCAUGCGCGCCUUCUACACCCUCAACAACCCCCCUGAGGACUGGCCCGGCCCGAAGGGCAUGAUCACCACCGAUCUCCUCAAGACUGUCCUGCCCGACCCCAAGAAGGAGAACAUCAAGGUCUUUGUCUGCGGUCCUCCCGGCAUGUACAAGGCUAUCGCUGGUGCCAAGAAGAGCCCCAAGGACCAGGGCGAGCUUACCGGUAUGCUCGCCGAGCUCGGCUACAACAAGGACCAGGUCUACAAGUUCUAAGCGAGCUUUGGAAGAAAAUGUCAUAUCAUGUAUAUUAGAAAUGAAUAGAAUGUCCUGAAUCUCUGGAAAGAGUAUCCCCAACCACAAACUUUGUUGAACAUCUUCACCAAUUGAUCCGGAAAUAGUGAGGUCUACUACAUGAUUGAUAUCUAAUUCCUCGAAGGUUAGAGUAUCACGCAGUUCUGCUGAAGAUAGAAGGUUUUGAUUUUUGAGCUACGGGUUUGUGAUGGAAGUCUCGAGAGUAUGUCUGAUUACUCGUUUACUAGAAGAGAAGCAAGAGGCGCUUUGUCAGGAGUAUCAUGGAGGAGGUUACGGGAUGGGCAGGUUCGAUUUGGUAGCGGGCAGGAGACGACCGCAUCACUGCCGUUGUUUUCUUGGAAAGGGAAAUCGAUAUUGGUGUAGAGACUUUGUGCAUCUAUACUAUAUUACAACACUCUAUACAAUAAACCACAAACGAAAAAAAGGAAUCAAUACCAUACACC